AUGGACAGUGAACGGGAAGAUUCACCAGCUUCGUCAUCUGUUUCAUCAUUAUCAAGACGUGUCAUGGGAGUCGAAAACGACAGGAGCUUCAGACGUCCCAACAUACCAAUAGAAUUAGAUGAUUUUGAUUCUGAUACAUCUGAUUUGAUGUCUUUAAGGAAUUCUUCUCAUCCAUCUGCCAAAACAUCACCUAUUGAAGAUUACUCAAGUUCAAUUCAUAAAUUACCACCAGAAGUGCUUUUAUUGAUUUUUACAAACAUCCGCCACAAGCCUGAUUUGGUUCCUUUAUUGUUGGUAUGUAAGAGAUGGGCAAGCUUACUAGUUGAGCUUAUUUGGUUUAGACCUUCAUUAAUGGAUAAUCAAGCUUUACGUGGAAUACGUGAAGUUAUGAGAAGAGAUAGAACAUCAACUUACUGGGACUAUAGACAAUAUAUACGUCGGUUAAACCUCUCAUUUGUUUAUGAUAAAGUUGAUGAUGAGUUUUUGAGUUUAUUUGCUGGUUCAACAAACUUGGAAAGACUAACGCUUGUCAAUUGCUCAAGAUUGUCACAUAGACCAAUAGUGGAUAUAUUACAAGGAUGUGAAAAAUUACAAUCAAUAGAUAUGACAGGUGUGAAGGAUAUAACUGAUGAAAUAUUGGCUGCAUUGGCUGAAAAUUGUCCUAGGUUACAAGGUUUAUACGCUCCUGGAUGCCCUACAGUUACCAAUUCGGUCUUGUUCAGAAUUAUAAACAGCUGUCCAAUGCUCAAAAGGGUAAAAAUUUCUGACUGUGUCAAUUUAAAUGAUGACACAAUAGUUCAACUGACAGAAAAAUGUAAAUUUUUGAUUGAGGUUGAUGUCCAUAACUGCCCAAAUAUCACAGAUUUUUCAUUACAAAAAUUAUUUUGUGAUUUAGACCAGUUGAGAGAAUUUAGAAUCUCACACAAUCCAAAUGUGUCCGAUAUUUUGUUCAGAGUAAUCCCUGAAGAGAUGUACUUGGAUAGAUUGAGGAUCAUUGAUCUUACAGGAUGUCUGAGAAUAACGGAUAGAGCGGUAGAGGCAAUUGUCCAAUGUGCACCAAGAUUAAGAAAUGUUGUUUUAUCCAAAUGUUUGAAUAUUACUGAUUCCUCGUUGAGGUCAUUAGCCGCUUUAGGUAAAAGCUUGCAUUAUAUUCACUUGGGUCACUGUAGUAAUAUUACAGACUACGGGGUUGUGACAUUGAUAAAAAGCUGCCACCGUUUACAGUAUAUUGACCUUGCUUGUUGUGCGCAAUUAACAAAUUUGAGUUUAGUUGAGCUUUCAUCAUUACCAAGACUUAGAAGAAUUGGGUUAGUGAAGUGUAAUAACAUAAAUGAUGCUGGUAUUCUGGCUUUGAUCCAACGUCGUGGGUAUGAUGAUACAUUAGAAAGAGUUCAUUUGUCAUACUGCACUAAUAUUGGCCUCUACCCAAUUUUCCAAUUAUUGCAGGCAUGUCCAAGAUUAACUCACUUAUCAUUGACUGGUAUCUCGGCAUUUCUGAGACCAGAUAUAACUACCUUUUGUCGUUCACCACCUGCAGAUUUUAAUGACAACCAAAGAAAAUUAUUUUGUGUAUUUUCAGGGCAGGGUGUCGCUAUGCUAAGAGAUCAUAUGACCAGAUUAUUUCUGGCCCAAACCCACAAUAACCGUUUCUUUAUGAGAGAUGGUCCCAUUGAGCCACAAGAAGCUCAGAGAUUUAGGGCGUUGAAUCAAGUUCCAGAAAUUCAAGAUGGCCGUCAACGCAUGGAAGAAAAUAUCCAAAAUUUACAAAGGUUAACUAACUUUUUCAGAGCGGGUGGUCAAGCAAACCAAUUAGCUGGACUUCAAGCACAAGCUGGACUUCAAGUACAGGCUGCACCUGCUGCACCUCCACCUGAAGAUGAAGAUGAAGUAAUGUCCGAAUGA